AGAGAGAGAGAGAGAGAGAGUGAGGAGUGAGAGGGGAGGAGAGGUUAAUAGCUGGUCAGCACUCACCUCCGAUGUUUCCCAGCAGCACCAUCCUAAAAUAACCAAAAAAUUUAUAAUUUUGGAAAGCCCCCAAAAGCUUUUUGAUUGAUUUUUUAGAUCACCAACAUCCAAUCUUGCUAAUCAACCAUAAUUUAUCGCUUUGGAGAGUUGUUUGCAUCAUUUUCUUCUUCUUCUUCUUCUCCUCCUGCCCCUUUGAUUUGAUUCGUUCGACCAUCCAUUCCGUCUUUUCAACUGUGUGAAUUGAUGAGAAAUCAAUUGGGUGAGGGAAAGUCUGUUAAAAAGUCCUGAGGGGAUUUGUAAUUGUUUCAUGGGCAACACAUGCCGUGGAUCUUUCAGGGGGAAAUAUUUUCAGGGCUCCAACCAGCCCGAAGAGCAAUCUGCUUCCGUUUCCAAGCGCAACACCUCGUCUGACCAUUCGAAUUCUGACCACUCCCAGUCCAGUUUGAAAUCGCAGCACCGCGGUCAGCAAGAAUUCUCCAAAGACAGCCCCAAACCCAAAACCAACAAUAGUCAUCCACCCCUCAUAAGUCCCAGGAAAGAUAACAUCAUGAGGAGAAGUGCUGAUAACCAAAGUUAUUAUGUGUUGGGUCACAAGACGGCCAACAUUCGUGAUCUUUACACGUUGGGUCAUAAAUUAGGACAGGGACAAUUUGGGACUACGUAUUUAUGCACCGAGAUUGCUACUGGCAGUCAGUAUGCGUGUAAGUCUAUCUCCAAGAGGAAGUUGAUCUCGAAGGAGGAUGUGGAUGAUGUUAGAAGGGAGAUUCAGAUAAUGCACCAUUUGGCUGGUCACAAGAAUAUUGUGACAAUCAAGGGCGCUUAUGAGGAUUCACUGUAUGUUCAUAUUGUAAUGGAGCUUUGUGGCGGGGGUGAGUUGUUUGAUCGCAUUAUCCAGAGGGGACAUUACAGUGAGAGAAAGGCAGCUGAGUUGACACGGAUUAUUGUUGGUGUUGUUGAAGCUUGCCAUUCACUUGGUGUCAUGCAUAGAGAUCUGAAACCCGAAAACUUCUUGUUGGUUAACAAGGACAACGAUUUUUCUCUCAAGGCCAUUGAUUUUGGACUCUCCGUUUUCUUCAAACCAGGUCAAGUUUUCACUGAUGUGGUUGGAAGCCCAUAUUAUGUUGCUCCGGAGGUACUCCUCAAGCAUUAUGGACCAGAAGCAGAUGUGUGGACUGCAGGAGUUAUACUGUAUAUUCUGCUCAGUGGUGUGCCGCCAUUUUGGGCAGAAACCCAGCAGGGGAUAUUUGAUGCGGUCUUGAAGGGAUAUAUAGACUUUGAAUCAGAGCCAUGGCCUUUAAUAUCUAACAGUGCAAAAGACCUAAUCCGGAAGAUGCUAUGUUCUAGGCCUUCAGACCGCUUAACUGCACAUGAAGUGCUAUGUCACCCUUGGAUUUGCGAAAAUGGGGUUGCUCCUGAUAGAGCACUGGAUCCAGCUGUACUUUCUCGUCUCAAAACGUUUUCUGCUAUGAACAAGUUAAAGAAGAUGGCUCUACGGGUAAUAGCUGAAAGGCUAUCUGAGGAGGAGAUUGCUGGACUCAGAGAGAUGUUUCAGGCUAUGGAUACUGAUAAUAGUGGUGCAAUAACAUUUGACGAACUUAAAGCUGGUUUGCGGAGAUACGGCUCUACCAUGAAGGAUACAGAGAUACGUGAUCUUAUGGAUGCGGCUGAUGUGGACAACAGUGGAACAAUUGAUUAUGGGGAAUUUAUAGCUGCUACAGUUCAUCUUAACAAACUAGAACGUGAAGAACAUCUGGUUGCAGCCUUCCGAUACUUUGAUAAGGAUGGAAGUGGUUAUAUUACGGUUGAUGAGCUCCAGCAAGCUUGUACAGAACAUCACAUGACUGACGUCCUUCUUGAAGAUAUUAUAAAAGAAGUUGAUCAGGAUAAUGAUGGAAGGAUUGACUACGGUGAGUUUGUCGCCAUGAUGCAAAAGGGCAAUGUGAAGGGCAACAUGCCAAUUGGAAGACGGACUAUGAGGAACAGUCUAAAUUUGAGCAUGAGAGAUGCACCAGGAGCUCAUUAGCUUCCAACUAAGCACGCCAGCGUCAUGUAAAGGCAGGUUGUACAGCAAAGUCAGAAGAGGAGGAGAUUUGGUGGUAGAAGAUUGAGAAGCAAAUUUUAAUUCCUCAACUCGAAAUAGAGAUUCGAAUAGGGAGACGUAACAUUUUGAGAGUUGGGAGAUUUCUGUUGUUUUUUUAUUUUGUUAAGUGAUGCCUUUUGUAUUGCUGUAUGAUGAUCAAACAAUAUUUGGACAGUGGGAAGUGUUAUUUCAAGAUUCUAACGUA